AUGUAUUCUGAACCUAACUUCGACUACAACAACUUCAACCUUCAAAAUGAACAACAACAUGGUUUUCUCAACAACAAUUGUUCACCACAAAUUGAGGAACUUAAUGUGGUCUCAAAUCCAUCUUUAGAUACCUCAAUUCCCACUCGUUCUCGCUCCAAGAAACGCAGAGUCAAAACAAGUAAGAACGAGGAAGAAAUUGAGAACCAAAGAAUGACUCACAUUGCUGUAGAACGUAACAGAAGAAAACAAAUGAAUCACUAUCUUUCUAUUCUAAGAUCUCUCAUGCCUCAAUCUUACGUCCAAAGGGUUGAUCAAGCAUCUAUAAUUGGAGGGGCUAUUAACUUUGUGAAGAAUCUUGAACAAAGGCUACAAUUUCUUGGGGUUGAGAAAGAAAAAGAGGGUAAAUUUGAUACUAUUGAUGCAAAUAAAAGCAAACCCUUUUCUGAAUUUUUCACCUUUCCACAAUACUCAACAAGUGUUUGUGAGAAUGCUUCUGAGACAAAAAUGGGUGGUGAAGUUCAUCAAUCUAGCAAUACUAUUGCUGACAUAGAAGUGACAAUGGUUGAAAGCCAUGCAAAUAUCAAAAUAAGAUCAAAGAAAAGACCAAAACAACUCUUGAAAAUGGUUUCUAGUUUGCAUGGAAUGUGUCUCACAAUCUUGCAUCUUAAUGUCACUACAACUCAUGAGUUUCUCUUCUAUUCUCUCAGUGUUAAGGUGGAAGAUGAUUGCAAGUUUGGAUCAGUGGAUGAGAUAGCUUCAGCUGUAUACAAAAUGUUGGAAAGGAUUCAACAAGAGUCAAUAUUGAAUUAA